AAAUGAGGUGUGUGUGACUGGCUGUGGGCGGUGUGAUGUUUUGUCAGCUGACCUGACUGUACCUCUCGCCGAAGUCACAACACCGUCUCGGUUCGCCCUGACGGCUGCAUGUAGCAGCUUCCUCGCCGAGUCUCUGCCGUGGGACGUUUCCUCGAGACGGAGGGAGGCGGAGGUCCGAACACCACACAGCUCCAGCAUGGCGGCCGAAAUCCAGCCUCGUCCGCAGGCUAGGAAGCCAUGCCUGCUGAGUAAAAUCGAGGCUUUCCAGGAGGUUGUGACGGCAGCGGCGAUCAUCCCUAAAGAAGACGGGGUGAUCAGCGUGUCUGAGGACAGAACAAUUCGAGUUUGGCUGAAGAGAGACAGCGGUCAGUACUGGCCAAGUGUUUACCACACAAUGCCAUCCUCAUGUUCCUGUAUGUCUUUUAACCCAGAGACCAGAAGGCUGUCUGUAGGCAUGGAUACAGGGAGUAUCUGUGAGUUUCUUCUGUCAGAGGACUACAACAAGAUGACCCCAGCGCUCACAUAUCAAGCCCAUCAGGGCAGAGUUGCGGUGGUGCUCUUUGUGUUAGAGAUGGAGUGGCUGUUAAGCACUGGCCAGGACAGAAACUUCACCUGGCACUGCUCAGAGAGCGGGCAGCAGCUGGGGACGUAUCGCACCGCAGCCUGGGUCUCAGGACUACAGUUUGAUGUUGAGACCAGACAUGCCUUCGUAGGGGACCAGUCUGGUCAGGUGACCAUCCUGAAGCUGGAGCAGGAAAGCUGCAGUAUGGUUACCACCUUCAAAGGACACACAGGUAAUGUGACAGCGCUGUGUUGGGACCCGGUUCAGCGGGUGCUGUUUUCCGGUAGCUCGGACCACUCCAUCAUUAUGUGGGACAUCGGAGGGAGGAAAGGCACCGCCAUCGAGCUGCAAGGACACAAUGACAAAGUCCAGGGCCUAUGCUAUGCUUCUCACACCCGGCAGCUCAUUUCCUGCAGCUCAGAUGGCAGCAUCGUCAUCUGGAACAUGGACGUGACUCGACAAGAGACUCCAGAAUGGCUGGACAGUGACUCCUGUCAGAAGUGUGAGCAGCCUUUCUUCUGGAACUUCAAACAGAUGUGGGACAGUAAGAAGAUCGGCCUGCGACAGCACCACUGCAGGAAGUGUGGCCAGGCUGUCUGCGGCAAAUGUUCGUCCAAGCGCUCCACCAUCCCCCUCAUGGGCUUCGAGUUUGAGGUGCGCGUGUGUGACAGCUGCCAUGAGUCCAUCACUGAUGAGGACCGAGCGCCCACAGCCACCUUCCACGACAGCAAGCACAACAUUGUUUACAUGCACUACGAGCCCACCACAGGAAACCUGCUCACCUCUGGCCCCGACAAGGUCAUCAAGAUAUGGGACAUGACUCCGGUGGUGUCAUGACUUUUUGUGGACAAGCCACAUUUCUGCAAACUGUGAAGGUGUCCUAACAGAAGUCGCACUUUGAUGAGAAAGAGGGAACAGUGUCCUUGUCACCUGGAUAAUAUUUAACAGUUAUUUAACUACAGAGCCGUGCUUGUUGCACAUUCACAGUGACUACGCUACAGGCCUGAGGGAAGCCUGAGAACAGAGCAGGUCUUGCUCAACACAAGGUUACAGACUGGUUGGUGUUUGCUUGUUGUCAGGAGUACUGAUGCUUGGAGAUUGCUAUGUACUCUGGGAUACUUUUGGGGCCUUUGUAACAUUUGGGACUUUGUUAGAAAUUUUAUGUCUUGCAUACUUUUCAUAAAUUCCCUUCCAUUGAAAAGUGGAGUAACUAAACUUCAGAUUUGUUUUGUGUAUGACGAAGCUCACUGAACUCUAACCCAUCGACAUAGUCUUAGGGAGCUGCACAUUUUUCACAUUGAGAAGUUUUUGAUCAUUGUCUAAACCAGUGAACAUCAGCAGGACUUCAGGCCUCAAAUACUAUGUCGCUCUCUAGAGGCUAAAUAUUUAAAUGUUUUAUUGUUUUACAUCAUUUCUUUUUAACAUGUACAAUUGUCUCACUGUGCCCGGAUGUAAAAUCAAAUCUUGAGCAGUCAAGGUUUAGCAUUAUUGUUUAAUAUUGUAUUCAUGGAGCCCAUAAACAGUUGCCUGAUGAUUCAUAUUCAUUGUCUGCUCUAAAUGGAGCAUCCUAAGGUUUUCAACCAAGUAGUUUUUUACAACUUUUACCCUUUGAGGGUAAAUGAUAAACAUUCCCUGUAACAUUUUUAGUUUUAUGUCACAGAUAAUUGAUUUCCAACAACAUAGCCAAACAUGAAUAUUUAAAACAGUGACAAAAGCAAGAGUCAGACUAGUUCUAAUGAGGUGUGGUUACCGGUUGCUUUAACCUAACCAAACUCUGUGAAUAAAGAAUAUUUUGGUCACUUGUUAACAUUAAUUGACAGAAUGAUCCAAUAUAUGUUUAAUUGGAGUAUUUUAGAGCUAGUGAUGAUAAAAUGCAGUCCAGAUUUCUUAAAAAAACAAAAAACAAAAAGCCCUUUAGUUUUAUGAAUCUAAUAUUCACAUCAGCGUCAUUGAAAUGGUUUUCUUACAGCACUUACACUGUUCAUAACAUAGGGGACAGCGUUUCCCAUUGACUGGACACAACUUUAAAAAUUUUUUCUGAAUGCUUGUGCCGUCCCCACGCUAUGCCACUCUGGGCGGUGAGCCAUUUUCACCACAUUAAAAACAGCCACCAUGUAAAUAGUCAACCAGCAACACCAGUUAAUGUAUUAUAAAUCUUCAGUCCUCACAAAAUAAAAUAAAUUAUUAGCCUCAUUAUUCUUCAAGCAGGCAGUGUUUUGUUUUUUUGGAAGCAAAAUCAUGUUUUGGAUCAUCGGCCAGAUGACCUGAUGCACUGUGGGUAGCUUCCUUAGUUUAUUUAUUUUUAUCACAUUUUGUCACAUGGCUGCUCAUCAUAAGGCCAGUAUUUCAGUUCUGUUUGAGUAAUUCUGUAAUAAAAUUAGUAAAUCCCCUCCAACAUCCAAAAUCAGUGCAACAUAUUUAACAUGAUCAAUCAUCUUAAACAUAUCAAACUUCCACACACACAGCUUCAGCUUUCCUUUGAUGUUAAAAUUCAAUCUUAAAGUGCAGCUCCCAGAAUAAAGCUCUCAUUUGUUUGUAUUUUACAAGUAGCUUUACAGAAUCUGUUUAGUUCUGGAUUAAAGCCGGUUUAAGCUUUCAGCUCAUGUCGAGCUUUUGACAGAGGACGCUGAUGAGGCUCAUAAUGUGCCAUGUUGAGUAAACAGUGAUUACAACCAUGCAGGCUGCUUACUGAUCUUCAGAGUAAUACCAUUGUCUACGUUCUGUACAUCCUGUCGGCAGUUUCAAGAAGUUGCUUAUUUUAAACGUUUGUUUCACACAUAAAACUUACACUAAAGCACAUAUCAACACAGCUAAAUGCUGUGGCAUUUCAGACAUCUACCAGAGCAUAAAACAUUGCUAAAAACAAUUGAAAUUGUUGUUUCUUUUAAAAGUUGUUGAUGCACUGGAAUCACGAGGCAGAAAAUCACUGAUUUGCGGGGGAAACAAUGGCCUCUAUUCCUCCAAAAUGUUUGCGUUGGCUUUAAUAGUGUUUAAAGCUCAGCUCAAAUCCAUUUGAGCAUCUUCCAAAGAUGAAUGAUUAUGGAGUUGAAAACAAGGUUGUAUGGUCACUUAACCAUAACUAUAUAGAGCAGUCUUCUUCUGAUGUUUUAGUUCCUUUUCCCAACCACUUCCUGUGAGCUAAAACGCACCUUCAAGCUGUGCAAACUAGAUUAAACAAAGCAUGAUUAUUAAUUAUAUAAAUUGGUGUAAAAUAUACUGCAGUUAAUGGAAUGGAUCUGUGGUUUGCAAACUUAACCACACAGGAGAAACCAAGAUAGAUAAACACUUCUUCAUGGUUUAUUGCUUUUAAAAUCUGUAGCGGAUAAAGUCUAUUUAAGGCCGGCUCUUUUACUUCUUGUUGCAGGAAAAGGGAAAAAAAACCAUUGUUGUAUUUCAGAGUUUUCAUGAAUGUAACGUCUGUAUAGAUGAUCGAUUAAAACACAAACGAUUUACCCUC